AUGGCUCCCACUGAAGACGCAAAGACUGCUGAGGUCACGCCCGCAUCGACUUCCGCCCCAUCUGAAGAAAGCACGGCCUCUCCCUCGACGCGCUCGCCUACGGCCCGCAAGGUCAAGACUGCUACGUCUUCUAAGAAAGACGAGCCAAUUACCAAGGAAGCACCUAAGUCUAAAAAAUCCAAGACCAAGAAGGCUCCUGCUGUCAAGAAUACGGGGGACAAUGGUCCUUCAUACUUUGAUCUUAUUGUUUCUGCUAUAAAGGAGCUGAAGGAGCGCAAUGGGUCUUCGCGUCAAGCAAUCGGCAAGGUUGUUGAGGCCAAGAAGGAUAACUAUGCCAGCCACCACUUGAAUAAGGCCCUUCGCACUGCUGUGGAAGCUGGCAAACUUAUUCAGAUUAAAGGCUCUUACAAACUGUCUCCUGAGUUGCGCAAGCCUGCAGCUUCAAGUAAAAAGAGCAUGAAGGUAUCUGACAGCACAGCUAAAACCAUAAAGAAGGUGGCAAAAGUGGUUAAAAAGUCGCUUUCUGCAAAGAAGGCUGCGGCCAAGAAGGUUGCUGUGAAGAAAACUUCAGCUAAGAAGACUCCUGUUAAGAAGGUGCCGGUGAAGAAAACAAGCACAAAGAAGGCCGCGCCGAAGAAGGUUGUGAUCAAAAAGUCCGCUCCUAAGAAAGUUACUGCCAAAUCUGCUAAGAAAUCGAAUAAGAAGACGGCGAAGAAGUAA